AUCAGAAAGAUGAAAACAAAACCUUCACUUCCAUGGCGUGUUCUUCUUCUACAACACUUUUAUCAAAUUCACUUCAUAUUAACCAAAUUUCAAUUCACAAUAGGCUACAUGUAUCUCCCAAAGUUUCACCAAACCAAAAACUUCCAAUAUAUUCUAAAAAUCCACUCAAACUUUCAACCACCACCACCACAAUACCCUUUGCAUUGGAUUCUGCUGGAGUUGAGUCUCCCUUGCUGAGUGGAGACUCCUCAAGCUCAUUGGAUUUGGUGAAAGUGUUUGAUUUGGAAGGAAAUGGGAUUCCUAUUUCUGACUUGUGGAAAGAUAGGAAAGCUGUUGUCGCAUUUGCUCGGCAUUUCGGGUGUGUACUUUGCCGCAAAAGGGCCGAUUAUCUUGCAUCAAAGAAGGAUAUAAUGGAUGCAUCUGGUGUAGCACUUGUUUUGAUUGGACCUGGCAACAUUGAUCAGGCCAAAUCCUUUGCUGAGCAAACAAAAUUUAAAGGAGAAAUCUAUGCAGACCCUGCUCAAUCGUCGUAUGAGGCCUUAAGAUUUGUUUCUGGAGUUUUAACCACAUUUACCCCCAAAGCAGGUCUUAAGAUAAUAGAAUUGUACAUGGAAGGUUAUCGGCAAGAUUGGAAGCUUUCAUUUGAAAAGGAUACUGUUAACAGAGGAGGGUGGCAACAAGGAGGAAUUAUUGUUGCAGGUCCUGGUAAAGGUAACAUCUCAUAUAUUCAUAAGGACAAAGAAGCAGGAGAUGACCCAGAAAUUGAAGAUAUCUUAAAAGCAUGUUGCUCUUGAAGAAAGAAGAGAUGUAACCCUUCUUUUCCUACUUCAUGAAGUGUGAUACCAUCUCAUCACAGGGCAUUGCACAUCAUAUUUAGCUGCUUCUUAGGCUGAACAAUAACUUUGCCUUGAGGCUCAGUUAUUAAGAGAUUAAUUUACAUCCUGUCAUUUGCCAAAUGACAAGCUCAUGAUAUCGAAUCUGUUGAAAAUAUUUUCGGUGUCUGUAUUUAUCAGAGGGUUUGUAUUAAUUUCCUUGAGCCUAUAUAUAAAAUUGACUCUACUGUAUAGUUCAAACAUGGAUUUAUCAUAUUUAUCACAUGUUUAUCUUGUUUUC